CAUUGUAUUGUUUGCUUUGCUUCAACGCAACGCUAGUGAAUUUGUUUUGUGUGAAUUAUUUUUUUCCAUUUGCCGUAUUAUUUUCCGUAAAACGCUUGAAGCGUGCACAUCGCAGGAGCUGGUUUCUUUUUGUUUACAUAUUGCGUCAGUUAUAUUUUGGUUGGAGCUAAAUGGCGGAAGCAGAACAAUACAUUAAAGACAUACAACGCGAGUACGUUGAUUUCUUGGACGAUGAGGAGGAUCAGGGCAUUUACUCAGGGCAUGUCAAAGACAUGGUUGCAGAGAAAAGUAGGCGCCUCAUAGUGAACAUUAAUGACUUGAAGAGAAAAAAUCCCCAACGUGCCGUGGGAUUGUUAAGCAAUGCCGCUGAUGAGCAAUUGGCAUUUGGCAGGGCGUUGAAGGAGUAUGUUUCCACUGUGGAUCCAAGCUACGCCAAGGAGCACGAGGAAUUUUUUGUGGGGUUUGAGGGUUGUUUUGGAAAUCGCCAUGUAACCCCUCGUUCCCUUACAUCAAUGUACUUGGGAAAUAUGGUUUGCGUGGAGGGUAUCGUGACAAAAGUUUCUCUCAUCCACCCUAAAGUUGUGCGCUCUGUCCACUACUGUCCGACUACACGAAAAGUUUUGGAACGCAAAUAUACCGAUUUUACUUCAUUUGAGGCUAUGCCUUCUAGCUCUGUGUAUCCAACCAAAGACGAAGAUGGCAAUUUACUCGAAACUGAAUAUGGACUUUCGGUUUAUAAGGAUCAUCAGUCAUUGACCAUACAAGAAAUGCCAGAGAAGGCGCCUGCUGGCCAAUUGCCGCGAUCAGUGGAUAUAGUUUGUGACGAUGAUUUGGUAGACCGUUGUAAACCUGGUGAUCGUGUGCAAAUUGUUGGGAGCUACCGCUGCCUCCCUGGAAAGUAUGGCGGUUAUACUUCAGGCACUUUUCGCACCAUCUUGCUGGCUAAUAACAUAUCCCUCCUAAGUAAGGAAAACAAUCUGGACAUUAGUCGUGAAGACAUUAUUUUAUGUAAGAAGUUGGCUAAAAACAAUGACAUUUACGAAUUGCUUUCCAAAAGUUUGGCGCCUUCUAUACAUGGCCACACAUUUGUGAAACAGGCAAUUCUUUGCCUUUUACUCGGUGGAGUGGAGAAAUUGUUGCCCAAUGGCACACGUUUGCGUGGUGACAUUAAUGUCCUGCUGAUCGGUGACCCUAGUGUAGCAAAAUCACAAUUGUUGCGUUACGUUCUGAAUACAGCACCUCGAGCCAUUCCUACUACUGGUCGCGGAUCUAGUGGUGUGGGUCUGACAGCUGCCGUCACAACUGAUCAAGAGACAGGAGAACGUCGUUUGGAAGCUGGUGCUAUGGUUUUAGCUGAUCGUGGUGUUGUUUGUAUCGACGAAUUUGACAAAAUGAGCGACAUUGAUCGUACUGCCAUUCACGAAGUUAUGGAACAGGGGCGUGUAACUAUUUCAAAAGCUGGUAUCCAUGCUUCGCUGAACGCUCGUUGCUCGGUGUUGGCUGCUGCCAAUCCUGUCUAUGGUCGCUAUGACCAGUACAAGACGCCUAUGGAAAAUAUCGGUCUUCAAGAUUCUUUGCUUUCUCGUUUUGAUUUGCUUUUUGUUAUGUUGGAUGUUAUCGAUAGUGACAUUGAUCAAAUGAUUUCCGAUCACGUUGUGCGUAUGCAUCGAUACCGCAAUCCCAAGGAAGCUGAUGGAGAGCCACUUUCCAUGGGAAGCACCUAUGCUGAUUCACUAUCGUUUAGCACCAAUGGAAAUGAGAAAAAAGAAACUGAUGUUUAUGAAAAGUAUGAUGCAUUGCUUCAUGGAAAGUCUCGUAAGCGACACGAGAAGAUUCUAUCUGUGGAAUUUAUGAGAAAGUACAUACAUAUUGCCAAGUGCAUGAAACCAAAAUUGAGUGAGCAGGCUUGUGAAGCCAUAUCAAAUGAAUAUUCUCGUUUGCGUUCGCAGGAAAGCGUCCAAAGUGAUGUAGCCCGUACACAACCUGUAACAGCUCGUACUUUGGAAACUCUUAUUCGUUUAUCCACUGCCCAUGCCAGAGCUCGCAUGUCUAAGACAGUAACGGCCGAUGACGCUCAAGCCGCAAUCGAGCUGGUGCAGUUUGCAUACUUCAAAAAAGUUUUGGAAAAAGAGAAGGGCAGUAAACGUAGACGAGCUGAUGGUGGAUCUUCGGAUGAAGAGGCUGAUACCGAGAAUGCAAGCGAGAGAUCACCAUCUCGCCGCAGUAAACGCACGCGAGUAGAAACAACACAAGAUCCCGGUGUAGACAGUGAUGAUGAAAUUGAAACCCCACAACCGGAUGCUGGUGAUUUGACACGUCGCGAUACUCGCCGGUCAUUGCCUGCCAAAAAACCCGCCACAAAUGGUAUAACACAGUCCGAAUCGCAAACUUCAAUGGAUACAACUUCUGCUUCUGCCUCCACUCCUGCAUCUAUAACGGAUGCCCGGUUGGGCGUAUUUAAGAAUAACCUUCAACGCCUCUUCCGUGAAGCCCGCGAACAAAGUCUCUCCUUGGCUCGCAUUACAGCUGCAAUCAAUGAGAACAAUGUGGAGCCAUUUACUGAUGGUGAAAUAGAGGCAGCUGUAACUCGUAUGACAGACGAUAAUCAAAUUAUGGUAGCCGAUGGCAUUGUUUUCCUUAUUUAAAUUUAGAGCUUAAGAGGUUGCAUUUUUUCAUUCAAUUUAUAUACAUACACACAACUGUAAAGCCGAAUACAUUUGCCACAAUUAUUUUUAAUAUUACCACGUAUUUUUAUAAUUACUCCGUUACUUGUUUUGAAGCAGUUAUUCCCAAUGGUUUUAAUAAAUGAUAA